GGUAAAUUAUUAUUAUUAUAAUAUUUUUUUUCAGAUAUUACAGCUUUAUGGAAUAAGAACAAAGACCAUGAUCUUCGUUGUCCUCCUCAUUCGUUAAGAAAAGCAGAGAUUUUGGUUUCUCCUUUUUCUGUAAGUUUUGUGUCAGGGUUAGAGGGGAGUAUCAAUGGCGGAGGAGAGUGCUGAUAUGUCAGUGAAGAGGGCGAAACAGGACGAGGAGGAUAAUGGGGUAUCGGAGUCUGCCGUGGAUAUGGACAAGGAGGGGAACCCUGAUUACAUAUCCUCUCUUAUUCCUGGGUGGUUCUCUGAGAUCAGCCCCAUGUGGCCUGGAGAGGCACAUUCCUUAAAGGUAGAGAAGAUUUUGUUUCAAGGGAAGUCUGAUUACCAGAAUAUCAUGGUGUUUCAGUCAUCAACAUAUGGAAAGGUUCUUGUUUUGGAUGGGGUGAUUCAGAUCACUGAGAGGGAUGAAUGUGCAUAUCAAGAAAUGAUCACUCACCUUCCACUAUGCUCCAUUCCUAAUCCAAAGAAGGUUUUGGUUAUUGGUGGUGGAGAUGGUGGGGUCCUGCGGGAAGUUGCUCGCCAUUCUUCUGUUGAACAUAUUGACAUUUGUGAAAUUGACAAGAUGGUAGUUGAUGUUUCAAAACAAUUUUUCCCUGAUGUGGCAGUUGGGUACGAGGAUCCUCGUGUCACCCUUCAUGUUGGUGAUGGAGUUGCAUUUUUAAAAGCCGUUCCUGAAGGUACUUAUGAUGCAGUAAUAGUGGAUUCUUCUGACCCAAUAGGUCCUGCCCAAGAGCUCUUUAAGAAGCCCUUUUUUGAGUCGGUAGCAAAGGCUCUUCGUCCGGGUGGAGUUGUCUGUACUCAAGCAGAAAGUAUUUGGCUUCACAUGCACAUCAUUGAGGAUAUUGUGGCUAACUGCCGCCAGAUCUUCAAAGGUUCUGUUAAUUAUGCGUGGACUACAGUUCCAACAUAUCCAAGUGGGGUGAUUGGAUUCAUGCUUUGCUCGACUGAGGGUCCUCCUGUUGAUUUCAAGCAUCCUGUGAAUCCCAUAGAUGCUGAGGAAAGCCAAAUCAAAUCAAAACGACCCUUGAAGUUCUACAACUCUGAGAUUCAUUCAGCAGCCUUCUGUUUGCCAUCUUUUGCUAAGAAGGUGAUCGAAUCUAAAUGAUGAAAAUUUUGAAGAGCAUUGGAGCACCAGGAGUCAAGCCAUUGUAGAGUAUCUGGCUUUGAUUCUCAGUUAAUGGUUCAUCUAGUGAUGAACCUUUCAAUAAAUAUAGAUUUUAAUCAAUUCUGCCAUCAAUGUUUCAAUCUGGAAUUACAUUUGCAAUAGGAUUUUGUUGUAGGAUACCAUUCUCCUGAUCAGAAUGGAGUUCGCAGCGUCUGCAAAGCAGUUGUUAUGUCUUUCCAUCAAUCUUUAUCAAAUUCAACUCUUUCUGUGAGAUUUUUUUUGAAAUUUUAUGUAUUCAUGCUUGAGAUCUUUUAUCAAAUCGAACUCUUCAUAGUGUUGUUGAGGCACCAAAACCUCUACAGAACGAAUUUAUUAUCUAC